AAUUACAUCGACAAGGCUAUAGAAUCAUUGAAUAUUCAGAAUGGACUUAUAUGUUAAAGUGGCUAUCAAAUUCCGAAUAUUACCGUAUUAAUGAAUCUGAUAAUGAAAGAAUUGUUAGAAGAUUAGAGUAUACGCGUUACAUGUGUAAAAUGCAUGGCAAAUCAUAUCCAUGCGAUUCACUAAAAAUCAACUAUUUCGAAACUAAAUAUCUUUAUACCCUAGAAAAAGAAAUUAAUAUAGAUUUCUCAGAUUUGAACAAUAAUUGUGAGCCUCCUAAACUGACUGAGGAAUGGUGUAGAAUCAUAAAAUCUGUUAGCAUCUCUGAUCAGAUUUCAGAAAAUAACCAGGAAUCUUUACAGCUGGUAAGUGCUGAGCAUGAUAGCUCCCCUGCUAAUAUACAAAAAGAUAAAGUUAUUCAUAUAGAGCACCCUCGAGAUGGCGCAAAUUCUCAUAUAAAGCUGAAUACAGUAACUAGCAAACGAAAAGAUAAG